UACCUACCUACUCGAUCAAGUUGAUUGCUUUUCUGCUAAAUUUUGUGAGAAAAAAGUUUAAAAAAUCUUGUUUUCUUUUGCAUUUUUACAAAUAAAAUGUCAAUUUUACAAAAUAACAAUCAAUAACGAAUAAAACAAAACAAUAUUUAAAAGAAUAAUUGGAUAUCUUUCCUUAUAAAGUGUGUCCAAGAAAAUAUAUUUUUCACACUAAUUGAAUUAGUGAAACGCAUCCAUAAAAAACAACCACACAACAAAAGGGGCGGAGCACUACAAGUGUUGGCUUUGGUGGUCAAAAUGCAUUUAAGUGCAGAUAUCUCAAGUGCAUUGCAGCAAAUCGAAGCUGUAAAACAGGGCAUCGAUGAGUCCGAUGACCCAAAACUUCAAAUGAACACAGCAGAAAGUCUCAAAACUAUUUUGGACAUUCUGCAGGAUCCGGUGUUCAGGACAAUUGUUCAUGUACAGGAUUCACUGUCAGAAUUGAACACUCAAUUGGUGCAACAUCCGUCGAUGUUGCCAAAUGACUUUGACAUUGAUGUGAGUGGAAAUCUGGUUCUCAGUGUUCCCAGCGAUGUUGUCUAUGAUUUUGGCGAUGAAACACCACGCGUCUCAUCGGCACAGAUGUCUCCGAGGAGUCUUGGUAGUCCAACGAGCAAUAAUUACCCAAUUGUGAGCUCAGCAGAACACAGUCUUACAGAAGAACAUGGAACGUUUAUGAAGAAAACUCGAGGCUAUUCAGAUCUCUCUCGAAGUGCUGAUGAGGAACGUCCUCAGUCCGUCGUCUCGGACUCAUCCAAACACGCUGUGGAUCUCUUUAGCUCCGAUUAUGCCCAGAUUCAGGCCAUCGAGCUGGUCAACGAUGGAACUGGUCUGGGAUUUGGCAUAAUUGGAGCUCGGACGUCUGGGGUCAUUGUAAAGACGAUUCUCCCAGGUGGAGUAGCUGACCGAGAUGGUCGUCUACGGAGUGGCGACCAUAUUCUCCAGAUCGGCGAUGUCAAUUUGCAUGACAUGGUCUCCGAGCAAGUAGCUUCGGUGCUAAGACAGUCUGGAACUCAUGUGCGAUUAGUUGUGGCUCGACCAAUUGAACAAGUUCAGCCUAAAUAUGAACUCGAACCUGGAUGUGCGACUGUUCCAUCCAGAGUUCUCGUCGAUCCAAUUGAAUUGGAACGUUUUCUAAUUGCCGCCGGAUAUCCCGAGAUAUUUGGUGAGAGCUCGACAGCUUCUACUCCACAAACUACCACAGAAGAUGAGCGAUUUGUGUAUCGCAGUGAGAUGGAUAUGUCUAAACGUCCACCAAUGGCGACGCCAAUUGAUUUGGAUGACAUGGAAUUGCCAGAAACUGAGAAACUUCAAGUUGAGUUGACUAAAGAUGCAAAUGGGUUAGGCAUUACAAUUGCUGGCUAUGUCUGCGAAAAAGAAGAAUUGUCGGGAAUAUUCGUUAAGAGUGUUUCACCUGGCAGUGCCGCUGAUAUGAGUGGUCGUAUUCGAGUUAAUGAUCGAAUUAUUGAGGUUGAUGGACAAAGUUUACAAGGCUUUUCCAAUCACCAAGCAGUGGAGUUGUUAAAGAAGAGCGGACAAGUUGUCAAUUUGCGUUUGGAAAGAUACCUACGUGGACCGAAGUAUGAUCAGUUGCAGCAAGCAAUUGCUGCAAAUGAUCAAGUUCCAAGUAGCAUUCCUUCUACACCGUCGAGAACAUUGCCAGCAACGCCACAGAGAACGGUAUCAAUACCACCUAAGCCAGCAGCGGUGCCACCACCACCGCCGCCAGUUGUUGAACCAGAAGAAACGGAAGAUAUUAUUGAUGCACCUUUGUUGUUGCCAGUAAAAAAGAUCACAACCACUACCACGGAAGAUGCUUUGACAUUAAGUAGUUUUGGUAGCGGAAAGAAACUUAUGUCAGCUCGUGAUUCUUUGGAUACGAUGAAAAUUAUUCCCACAGAGAUUCCCAUUGUUAAUUUGCCAGAAACAAAAGUUGAUGAAUUAGAUGAGGAAUCUGAAGUUCUAAAUGCUAAAAAUACCGCUAUCAUUUCCCGUCACAAAUAUUUAACCGAAUCCGAACUAACGGCCGAUGUUGAGCAAGAUAUCCUACGAAAGUGGAGGAAAAUCGUUGGUCCUGAUGUCGAAGUCAUCGUUGCUCAGAUCAAAAAGUUCGCCGCUGGAGGAUUGGGUAUUUCCCUGGAAGGAACUGUCGAUGUAGAAGGCGGCCGAGAAGUUCGUCCACACCAUUAUAUUCGAUCGAUUCUUAGCGAUGGCCCGGUUGGAAUCAAUGGAGUUCUCAAAUCUGGUGACGAACUAUUGGAGGUUAAUGGUGAACGUUUGCUUGGCAUGAAUCAUCUUGAGGUUGUUGCUAUUCUUAAGGAACUACCUCAAGAUGUUCGCAUGGUUUGUGGCCGAGGAAAGAAUAUCCUGAUACCGUUUUCUGAUGACACCCUCAAGAAACUAAGCAACAAUCUAGAGAAUUUACUUCCAUCCUCUGAUCGCUUGGUUAAAGCCAAGUCUGAUGGAAGUCUUGCCACGGUCGGCAAUGGCCCUGACGAGUCUUUCACAAAACUCAAAUCCAGAUCUCUAGAACCACUUACUGGACUGGCUAUGUGGAGUUCAGAUCCACAAGUAAUAGAAUUGGUCAAGGGUGAUCGUGGUUUGGGCUUUUCUAUUCUCGAUUACCAAGAUCCUAUCGAUCCAAAUGAUACCCUAAUUGUUAUCCGGUCAUUAGUGCCCGGUGGAGUAGCCCAACUGGAUGGACGUUUAAUACCUGGAGACCGUCUGCUUUUUGUCAACUCGAUCAACUUGGAAAAUGCAUCCCUCGAUCAGGCAGUUCAAGCUCUGAAAGGUGCUCCCAAAGGGACUGUACGUAUUGGUGUGGCUAAACCGUUGCCAAUGUCCGACAACACUUUGAAAUCAGCAAAUAUCACAAUCAGCGAGGCAAAUCCAUCAAACCUGAGUAAUGCAUCUACCGCCGAACCCGAUUUAAUUCCCGAAUGGAGCAAGUAAAAACAGAGUUGGUAUUAAUAUUUAGAUCAAUUUACCGUCGUCGUCGUCAUCGUUAGUUAGAAAUAGGAAAAUUAAAUUAAAAAAAAAACCAAAAUUGCACUCGAAGUGAAACGUAAUUUUUUUUCCUUUUUUUUCUUCCUUCUCCGUCCUUUUCAACACAGCACCAAGGUAUUUUUUUUAAAUUUUUGUUAAAUGUAUUAAAUGUGUUCAAAUAUUUCCGAGUACUUAAUAUUACGCAUCUAUGUCUCUUUUUUUUAUUGUUAAAAAUUUUUACAUUCCGAAUACGAACGAAAUUUUCUUAAUUUUUCUGUUUGCAUCAUUAA